AUUAUGUAAAAUAAAACAAAGUAACACCAAAUAUAUGUUUGUUGCCAAAAUCCACCAGCCCAAAAACAAAAAAACAGAAAGAAGCAAAACGCAACCAAAGAAGUGAUAGUGCAGUAUUGUGUGCUUCUGGUCUAUCAGCUAUUCCCCUCCAUUACUUUCAACUUUCCCGCCUUCUAAAAAAUAAGCUCUACGGAGUAUUUCUUAGCUAAAACAAAGAAUAGCCGAAAGGAGUCGGGCAUUAAAAAGCCCUAAUAUAUGUAAUCGGAAUCUCUCCGUCGCCGGAAAAUGUCGAGGUGGCAGAUAGUCUCCGAUGCCAGUAACAACUUCCGGUGGGAGAUUCCCAAUCAACACCUCCAUAUCAAACCAGACGAAGAACCAACUAGUUCCCCUCCUACUCGUCUCCCGUCCAUGGACGAUCUCUUGCUUCAAGGAUGUUCAAAUCUAUUGGAGAAUCACAACGGUCAUGUCGAGAGCCCUCCGAUGUUUCGAAGUGGAUUAGGGAAAUCAGUUACAGUGAAGCAGUCUUCAAUAUCAAAAGCAUUAUCUAUUCUCGGUGACGAAGGUGAUGCCUUUGCCCAUACAGGCCAACUGUUUGGUGGGAGAGAAAAUGGUUUGAGUUUAAUGAAUUCAAUGUUUCAAACGGGUUCAGGGAAAGCGGUUAACAUAUCUUCUUCUGGCCUUGUCAAAGCCAAGACAUUGUUAGAUUUAGAAGAAAAUAAUAAGCAAGAGAAUUUUCAAGGUCUUGAACAGACAAGGAAGCAGUCACCGGUUAGCGAGCCAUUUGGUUGGCAAACGAACGUUGGAGUAGAUAAUGCAGGAUUUGAGGAUGCUGCAUCUGUUCCAAUCUCUUCAUUCACUUUUAAGACUAGUACAGUAGGAGUUGAUUCAAGGAGAGAUGCCAUUCCAGAUUUUUUGUAUUCAGCUCCUAAACCACCUCCAAUCAAAUUCCAUACUGCAGGUGGAAGAUCUUUAUCAGUGUCUACUGAUGCAUUGCAACGUGCAAGAAGCCUUCUUGGUGACCUGGAGCUAGGAUCAUUCUUAAAUGAAGGGGAUGCAAAUGAUCCUGUCUUUUCGUUUUUCAAAGAAAGAAGACAUGAUGAUAAUCUUUUGGUCAAAGAAAACAAAUCUACUACUCUGACUGAUCAAGAAACAGUAAUGAGCAAAAAUAUGUCCAUAAGUUUCAUAUCCCCCAUGAAAUCAACUUCUAAUCCACUGCAGUCAUCGGUCAUGUCAGAGAAUGUAAAUUCAGGCAAUAACUUGAUUAAGAGUUUUGAUGCAGAGGACUAUGACAGUCCUUGUAAGUCAUUUAAAAACACUACUUGUCCGCGGAAGCCUUUAAGCAACAAGCCUCAUGUGCCUAGUGCAGUAAUUGGUGAUUCUUUGGCAAAUGGUAUUGGUUCAAGAAUUAAUCCACGAGGAAGGUCAUCUGGCAGACCACUGACUGAUAUUUCAAAUAGCAUUAGCAUGAAUAACAGGGAUAAAAUUUGUACCGGUGAAAAGAGAGGAUUUGGAAAGAGAAGUUCUAUCUCCCCAUUCAAGAGGCCCCGCAGUUCCAGAUUUAUCACCCCUUUGAACAACAAAACUUUGUUGGUUUCUGAAGGAUCAUCUGCUAUGGCACCUGAAGACUCCUGUUACAAAGGAAGGAUUUCCACUCGAUAUCCAAUUAAGGUUCCUCGAAUUUAUAUCAAGGAACACUUUGGAAUGCCUCCCUCCCACCAGAACAUGUCAAAGCACUUGCCGGACCAACUAAGAAGGAUGAAUCCAGACAAUGCAGAAAAGUACAUGUUUUGUGAUGGAUAUGGUUUAGCUUCCAUUGGAGCAGAAGCUUUUUGCAACAUGUUAGCAGAGUCUGGAGCUUCCAUGCAAUAUGUUUCUAAAGAUUGGGUUGCAAAUCACUACAAGUGGAUUGUUUGGAAACUUGCAUGUUAUGAGAGAUGCUAUCCAACUAAAUCUUCUGGGAAGCUUUUGACAGUGUCUAAUGUGCUUGAGGAAUUAAAAUAUAGAUAUGAGAGAGAAGUAAAUUAUGGCCAUCGAUCUGCAAUUAAGAGAAUUCUAGAAGGAGAUAUGCCACCUUCAACGAUGUUGGUACUGUGCAUUUCAUCGAUUUAUUCAAAUCGUGAUCCGAAGAUUGAAACUCAUACUUUGACAUCAAAUGGGGCUGAAAAUAGUCCCGCCACAAAAAUAGAAUUAACUGAUGGGUGGUAUUCAGUGAAUGCUCUGUUGGACGGAUUGCUGUCAAAGGAGCUCGCUACUGGGAAAAUAUUUGUGGGACAGAAACUUAGAAUCUGGGGAGCUGGUUUAUGUGGCUGGAUUAGUCCUGUUUCACCUCUCGAGGCAUCAAGGACGAUUAGUUUACUUUUGCACAUUAAUGGGACGUAUAGAGCUCAUUGGGCUGAUCGUUUGGGAUUAUGUAAGGGUGAUAGUGCUCCAUUAGCAUUUAGGUGCAUCAAAAGCAUGGGUGGUCCAGUUCCUAGCACAUUAGUUGGAGUUACACGGAUAUACCCUGUUCUGUACAGGGAGAGAUUAAGUACUGGGGGAUUUAUUGUGAGAUCGGAGAGGAUGGAGGCUAAAAUGAUGCAACUGUAUAACCAGAGGUGCUCAACUGUUGCUGAGGGCAUUAUGUCUGAGUUUCAGAGGGGAAUCAAAGAUUUCAAUAUUAAUAAUGACAAUGAUAGUGAAGAAGGGGCAAAAAUUUUAAGGAUACUUGAGUCGGCUGCUGAACCAGAAGUAUUAAUGGCUGAAAUGAGUUCAGAGCAAUUGACUUAUUUUGCUGCUUAUCAAGAAAAACUACAGGCGAUCAGGCAGUCAGACAUGCAGAAAUCAAUUGAGAAAGCUCUUGAAGAUGCUGGCCUAAGUGAGAGGGAGGUCACCCCAUUUAUGAGAGUAAGAGUGGUUGGGUUAACUAGUAAAAGUAAUCCACAGAACUUCUGCCCGCGUGAAGGAUUAAUAACAAUCUGGAAUCCAACUGAGAAGCAGCAAUCAGGGCUAGUUGAAGGACAGGCAUAUGCGAUUGCAGGGCUUAUACCAUUAAACUCUGAUUCAGAUACCCUUUACUUGCAAGCAAGGGGAGGUACCACCAAAUGGCUGCAAUUAUCUCCCUCAGCACUUGAACAUUUUGAGCAAUUCUUUAGUCCUCGUAAGUCAGUCUUCUUGUCAAAUUUGGGUGAAGUUCCUCUCUCCAGCGAAUUUGAUAUUGCUGCAUUGGUAGUAUAUGUGGGAGAGGUGUACACAACUGCUCAUCAAAAGAAGCAGUGGGUGUUCGUGACUGAUGGCUCCAUAUCUGAGUUAGAUUCAGAAGAUCCAACAAAUUCUUUGCUUGCCAUCAGCUUCUGCUCACCAUCUGUUGAUUGUGAUUCAUUUGUGCCGAUCAAUUAUAACCUUGCCGGAUCUAUGGUUGGCUUUUUUAAUCUCAUCAAGAGAGCGAAAGACCAAAUGAAUCAUCUAUGGGUGGCGGAAGCAACAGAAAAUUCUACUUAUUUUCUAAGUUAUGAUCAUGCACAAUGUUCACACUUAAAAGCUGCUGCAGUUUCUACUGAAAGAUGGGCAAAGGCCUCUAGCUUGAAAAUCGAGAAGCUCAGGGAGAAAGUGUUAUCUAUUAUUGGUAAUUGUGGAGGGUAAAAUUUUGAAGGAGCAUGUCUGAACUGACAAGUUUGGUGGUUCCAAUGCAAGUUCAAGGAUGAGGGAACAUGUCAUCCAGAACUGCAUCUUCCUCAGGCCAAGCUCUUAAAAUCUUUCAUGCAGCAUUCAGAAAGCAGCUUGAAGUUUGUUGUGUAAUCCAGGAAUAACACAUUUCACAAGAUGGUAUCAUUACCUUGUCAAACAAAACCUGAGAGGCCUGUACUUAAAAUGCCCGAAUCAAGUUUUGGUUUAUGAUGGCAAUUUUAUUUCAAAAUGGGAAGGUGAAGCUGGACCAUGUCAAGCAGCAUUGCAAUUUAGUUCAUGAAAUCAGCUUGUAUAAAAAUGUUCUGCAUAAGUACUUCUGGUAAUUAGUUCUUCAUUUUAUUUUUGAGGGAAUGUGUUUCUGUUUUUGGGGGCUACUAUAGUCCUAAGCCUGGUCCAUGUAAGUAUAUAUACAAAAUCAAGGUUUUGAUGGAAGUUCUUGCGACUUCCUUCUACAAAUAACAUUAUGAAUUUUAAACUGUGUAUAUGUAAAACGAUAUCAGUAUCAUUUUAAA